CAUCCAUCCAUCCAUCCAUCCAUCCAUCCAUCCAUCCAUCCAUCCAUCCAUCCAUCCAUCCAUCCAUCCAUCCAUCCAUCCAUCCAUCCAUCCAUCCAUCCAUCCAUCCAUCCAUCCAUCCAUCCAUCCAUCCAUCCAUCUAUCCAUCCAUCUAUCCAUCCAUCUAUCCAUCUAUCUAUCCUCUAAUGACCUCAUGAGUAAAAGUCAAUUACUUCUGCGUCAUGAUCAGAAAGGGACGCACGGCAGGGGGCUCUUUCAGCUUCACUGCUCCUCAUUACAACUACUCCAGUCAUGAGCCAGUCUUCCACAUUCUUUUUCUUCUCAUUAGUAGUCUUGUUGUUAUCAGUACUAGCGAGACGUGCUUAACGAGGUAGCACUUUGACCUGAUGACACGCCGGUUGGCAUCAAUAUCAUUUCACUUUAAUCGGUCCCAAGCCAGCCUUGGAGAAGCUUUGCUCAACUUCACUAAGUUCUGCAGUCAACCCAAGUGCAAUAUGUUGUCAGAAUGAACAUUGGCUUGGAUUGUGUGCGCAGUGAACAGGGUAGCGGGAGUAGCUCGGGAGGGAGCCGCUCGGGAGCCGCUCGGGAGCCGCUCGGGAGCCGCUCGGGAGCCGCUCGGGAGCCGCUCGGGAGCCGCUCGGGAGCCGCUCGGGAGCCGCUCGGGAGCCGCUCGGGAGCCGCUCUGCUCUGCUCUGCUCUGCUCUGCUCGGCUCUGCUCUGCUCUGCUCGCUGUCAGUCAUAGGCUGAGUAAAAACAAAGACACAUUGUUGUCUUGUUAUUCCUGCUUAUCAAACGUGAUUUAACAGCUCACGGGCUCGUGUCGAAUGUUGCCAUUCUCUCAGACGGCUCCAGGCAUGUUUGCGGGAACAGGAAAGACACACGUGCACACACGCGCUCUUCUCCAUUUCUCUCGGACACAUUCCCGCCUGCCUGUCUUUGUGCUGCCAAUUGUUAUUCUUUACCAUUUGUCACAUGCAUUUCGUGUAAAUCAUGCUUUGAUUUUGACCACCAGGGUUGCUUGUAAAGUUGUGAUUAGGAUCAGGGAGGAAUGAGUCUCCUUGCAAAGGGAAUGAAAAGAACUGGAGCUAAUGGGCCAACGUGUUGUGUGUGGGUUCCAGAGCGCACCAUGGGAAGCAAGACUCUGGCAGCUCCUGUCCCUCUUCACCCAUGGCUGCAGCUGGCUAACUAUUCCCUUCUCCAGAGCUCCACGGGCCUUCAGCUCCCAACAGAGCACUUGCACAGCAGCAUCUACAGCUUCAGCGCCCUGCAUGCCGUUCAGCUUCACCAAUGGAGCCCGGGCUACCUGCCCGUGGCUUUGCCCCGCUGCGCCAAACUGCCUGUCCACCUCUCUUCUAUGGCCUCCAUCCCUCUCUUCCCUUAUCAGCUGCAGCCCAAGCAGGACUCGGCAGGUGGCACGCAGAGCUCAAAGAGCAAACCUCGCUUUGACUUUGCCAACCUGGCCACGGCGGCCACCCAGGAGGAUCAUCUGAAGGCGGAAGACCUGAGCAUGUCGGGGGUCGCCGCCGCCGCAGCCGCAGCCGCAGCCGCAGCCGCAGCCGCCGCCGCCGCUUCAUCCCACCACUCGGAGCCAAGUGGCCUCGGGUGCCUCCUGGAUGUGAGCAAGCUGGCUUACCCGGAGCGCAAGUCCGGUCGAGGCCGCUUGCCCUCCAAGACCAAAAAAGAGUUUGUGUGCAAAUUCUGCGGGCGCCAUUUCACCAAAUCCUACAAUCUGUUGAUCCACGAGAGGACGCACACGGACGAGAGGCCGUACACUUGCGACAUCUGCCACAAAGCCUUCAGAAGGCAGGACCACCUCCGAGACCACAGGUACAUUCAUUCCAAAGAAAAGCCCUUCAAGUGUCAGGAAUGUGGCAAAGGCUUCUGUCAGUCGCGGACACUGGCUGUCCACAAAACCUUACACAUGCAAGUCAAGGAACUCAAGCCAGCCAAGAUGAAAUGAUGUUUCAAGGAAGCAAGCAAGGAAGCAAGCAAGGAAGCAAGCAAGGAAGGAAGGAAGCAAGGAAGAAAACAAGGAAGAAAGCAAGGGACAGGACCAUGUGCACGCUUCACUAUGACCAAAUAGCAUAAUCAACCAAAGACUUGCUGGUAGGAGAUUCUUCCAUCCACAUGUGUGGGAACGCUGCUCUGCUCAAGGAUGAAGCCUUUCACCAGCAAUUUCUUACUAGAUACAAAAAGAAGCCUUUGUGAACAAGUCCAUGAAUAGUUAUGAGAGUUGUCUUAACAGAGACCCCAGCGGCUAUGUGGAAUGUGAAAUAGCAAUCCAAUUUCAAAAACGGCCGAAAGACAAGGUCCCGCCAUUUUCUUCUGCAAGGCAGGAUGAUCAAAGCCAUCUUAGCACAGUUGCCUCCAUUACAAUGGAACAUUCCAAUGUAUGUACAAAUGCAUGAUCAGAAAUGUAUUUUUGCACUUUAAUCUAAUGAUCGAUUUGUUGUUUUUCUUCUUCUAUAUAUCACUGGAUCUUAUUUUCAGAACAAAUAAUCAUUUUGGAAUAAAAUAUU